AUGAAAACACGUCGGAGGGAGUACGUCUCUGAGGAUGGUCUAACCGUUUCCAGGCGCAAAUCAACGAAUGCAAAAGGAGAAAACUCAGAGACGAUCUCAGCUGAUCUCAUGAUCGAAAUCUUCUUGAGAUUGCCGAGGAAGUCUGUAGCGAGAUGUCGAUGUGUAUCAAAGCUCUGGAACUCCACGCUUCACAGCCCAUAUUUCAUCGAGUUUUUGACUCGCCCUCGGCUCUUGUUCUCCUUCCGAAAAGACCGUGAGCUCUACUUCUUCUCGUCCCCCCAAGAUGCGAACUCGUCUCCUGUAGACGCAGAUUAUCAUCUCAAGCUCAAAUUGGAAGACUCCUUUAGAGUUUGUGGUCAUGUCCGAGGUUUGGUCUGCCUUGAUGACCUCCGGGUGAUAAAGGAAAGGAAAGAAACGGCUCCGGUGAUAUGUAACCCAAGAACGGGACAGUUGUUGCCUCUACCAAAAGUGAAGACGGAGAGGAGGGUUGGAAUGUGGAGUUUUCUUGGGUUUGAUCCGACUGAUGAAGAAUUCAAGGUAUUGACCAUAACCCGUGGGGUUGAGCAUCGAGUUCUGACGUUAGGGACUCGAAAACUUGAAUGGAGAAUGAUCGAAUGUGGCAUUCCACGUCAUUAUCCUCGCAGUGAUGGGAUAUGCAUCAAUGGUGGUGUGUAUUAUAGAGCUUCGGUCAAUAGAUAUGCUGUUGGGAUAGUUUGCUUUGAUGUGAGGUUAGGUGUGUUUAUUGAAGAAAGCAGACAUUUUGAGCUGUGGGUUCUAGUAGACGCAGAGAGGCAUGAAUGGUCGAAGCAUGUAUCCGUAUUGCCACAGCCUCUGUGGGAGAGGGUAGUUGCAGAGCAAAUGUUAUACAUUGUUGGAGUGGCUGGUGGUACUGAUGAAGUUGUCUGGUGGCCGCGAUAUGGAUGUGCUCCCUUCUAUGUUUACUACUACAACAUGGAGAGGAACACUUUCAGAAGAGUUGAGAUCAAAGGUAUGUACGUGGUUAGGGACUAUGCAGAUUGCAUGACACUAGACUAUGUAGAGGACCUGAAGCUGAUGGAACAUGUUUAG